AUGCAUCAACCACUUUGCCAUGAUAGUGAGGGCUCUGCCUUACUUCAGUUCAAGCAAAGCUUUUUGAUUGAUGAGCAUGCCUCUGGUGAUCCUUCUGCUUAUCCAAAAGUUGCAAUGUGGAAAUCCCAUGGAGAAGGAGAAAGAGAAGGAAGUGAUUGCUGCUCUUGGGAUGGUGUUGAGUGUGACAGGGAGACUGGUCAUGUGAUCGGCCUUCACCUUGCCAGCUGUUGUCUCUAUGGUUCUAUCAACUCCAGCAGCACCCUCUUCAGUCUUGUUCAUCUCCAGAGGCUUGACCUCUCUGAUAAUGAUUUCAAUUACUCUGAGAUCCCAUUUGGUGUUGGCCAGCUUUCAAGGCUUAGGAGUCUCGAUCUUUCUUUUUCUAGAUUCUCUGGCCAAAUCCCAUCGGAACUCUUAGCACUGUCCAAAUUGGUUUUCCUUGAUCUCUCGGCAAACCCAAUGUUGCAGCUCCAAAAGCCUGGCUUGAGAAAUCUGGUUCAAAACUUAACCCACUUAAAGAAGCUUCAUCUAAGUCAGAGAAUGUGGAUUGCACGGUGAAUUCCCAAUGAAAAUUUUUCAGUUACCAAGCCUACAGUAUCUUACUGUGAGGUACAAUCCAGAUCUGAUUAGUUAUUUGCCUGAAUUUCAGGAAACCAGCCCCUUAAAA